AUGGACGGCUCGUCCAUGAUGGCUGGUGGGGCGGCUUCUAUGAGUCCUACAAGCCCGGUCAGCUCUCGCCAUGGCCAUGGGAAUAGUAAUGGCAUCAACAAGCGCAAGAGGAGCAGUAUGGCCGGCAUUGAAAGCAGUCCUGGCAGUGGUAACGAGGAUCAUGAUGACAAGAAGCGCCAGCCUGGUGUAAAGAGAGCUUGUAAUGAGUGCCGUCAGCAAAAGCUACGAUGCGAUGUCGUGCAAGACCCUUUUCAGAGCUGCUCACGAUGCAACCGCCUCAAGCUAGAAUGCAAGAUCGAAUCAAAUUUCAAGCGAGUCGGCAAGCGCUCCAAGCAUGCAGAGAUGGAGAAGGAGAUCGAUCGCCUGCGUCGCAGUGUUGCCCGCGCAAAAUCUCAAGGCUUCACCCCAGAAGCUGGUGAAGAUGAUGUCGACUCACCUAUCGCAGCAAGCAACCCGACCUACUCCCACACCCAUACCCGAAACGCUUCCUUGAUGGGCUCCGACGAAGCGGUCUCGUCUUUACUACACCUCAAGCGCGGCGGUAACUACAACAUGCCUCGAUAUUCCCACGAGUUGGAAAAUGUUCAAUUGACUGAAGAAAAUGUCAAUCAUCUAUUUCACGAGUUCUUCGCCUAUUACCAUUCAUUUCUGCCCUUUCUCAACCCUAGCCAGGCGCCCGACCUCUACUAUCAGCAACAUCCUCUACUUUUCUGGUCUAUCGUCUCUGUCGCGGCUCGACGGUAUAGUCCGCCAAACGUACCUGGCCUGCUUAACAGCCUCUCGGGGCCUCUGACGCGGUUCCUGUGGUCGACCAUUGGGGAGGUUCCAAACAGUUACUACGUGGUCAAGGCCAUGUGUCUGCUGUGUACCUGGCCACUGCCCACAAGUACGACAUCGUCCGACCCUACGCAUAUUCUCUGUGGAGUCAUGAUGAAGACGGCUACUGGACUAGGUCUUCAUCGACCCAAUAACAUUCAAGACUUUUCCAGGGUGUCGGUUGAGUUGAACAAGGAACAACUCGGCGACCGUGUGACAACAUGGGCUGUUUGUAACAUCGUUUCGCAAUCUGUUGGGACUGGUUAUGGCCAACCAGCAUCAACUCUGUAUGACUGGACUUUGGCCUCAAGGUCUGGAGAAGAGAGUGCGUACCAGCUCUCGCGAGCACUGGAAGCUCGGUUACAGAUUGAGAGAUUCUGUGACAAAGUAUCGAAAGAGAUGUACAGUAAUGCCAGCGAUCCCCGCGGGGUUGCCGGAGAUGAGCACCGAGCUAUGUUGAUGCGUGUCUACCGUCGAGACUACGCGGAACUGCAUGCUUCCAUCUUAUCGCAAGAGCUGGGUCCGUUCGUUAACCUUCAUCUGAGAGCGGCAGCUCUCCACAUGCGUCUGGCAGGUUUCUUUGAUUCUAGCAAGACCCCGGGUUACAUGGACGAUCUGAUGGGUCUCUGGCGCGCCACCACCAAUUUUCUUGACGAGGUACUGGAAGUUGAUAAGGUCACCAGUCCUCAGGAACAGAUGGGCGGAAAUUUACUUCAUCAUUGCAGUAACUACAUUGGACAGAUGAUGGUCGCCGCAGGCUUUGCCCUUCUCAAGCUCAUGAGGUCGUUCUUUGCAAAGACGAUUGACUUCCAGCGAGGUCGAACUCUCUUCCACCAAACUAUCCGAGCCAUAAGGGCUACCAGUGUUGUGAACAAUGAUCUCCAGUGGCGAUUGGCUGAACUUAUGGUGCAGAUGUGGAACGGCGCUCGGCUCGACAACAAUCAGCACAACUUCAAUAGCAACGACGAUCUGCCGAUUCAGAUGGAUGACAGCCUCCAACUCAAGGUCCGAUGCCGUCACAGCAUGAGUCUCGUGUUUGAUUCAGUCUGGAGAUGGAGGGAGGACUUCCAGGCUCUGGGGCGAGCCGCCAAACAACCGACAAAUCCAGAUUCGGCUAAUGAGUCUUCAGCAUCCUCAACACACAUGGACACCGCCCUCGUCUCGUCUCAUGCUCUCCCACCUUCGAGCCUGCUCACUGCCAAUAGCAAUCAAAAUAGCAACUCCAACUCCAACGGUGCCCUGACGCCUGGAGGCACAGGACUAUCAGCCGUAUCUUCAGCUCAUAGCAUGAUGGCGGGUGUCAGUUAUGGCGACACAACAAAUUACGAUUUCUUCGACCCCCAGCACUGGAUGUUGGACGGCCUUCUUGACUUUAACUACUCAUUUGUGCCGCCCUUGGAAGGCGCCUAG